AGCGGCUGGCCCCGGAUUGGUCAAUUAAGUUAGGGACGAGCAGAAUUAGACGUAGAUCCUUUUCUCCUGCUCAUCUCUAGCGCCCGGCUUGGAUCUCUGUGCCGAGAAAUUCUAUGCCCAGCUCACCACGUGACCUAGAGCCAGUCGUUGCCUGUCGCUGGGCCUCAGUUUUCCUUCUAGGAGCCAUGUCCACCUUGUUCCCCUCACUCUUCCCCCGUGUGACUGAGACACUGUGGUUUAAUCUGGAUCGACCCUGUGUUGAGGAGACAGAGCUGCAGCAGCAAGAACAGCAGCAUCAGGCCUGGCUCCAGAGCAUUGCAGAGAAGGACAACAACCUGGUACCUAUUGGCAAGCCGGCCUCAGAGCACUACGAUGAUGAGGAAGAGGAAGAUGAGGAUGAUGAUGAGGACAGCGAAGAGGACUCAGAGGAUGAUGAGGACAUGCAGGACAUGGAUGAGAUGAAUGACUACAACGAGUCACCUGAUGAUGGAGAGGUCAAUGAGCCUCCUCUCCAGGUGGACAUGGAAGGCAACGAACAGGAUCAGGACCAGUGGAUGAUCUAGGCAGACAGGGCAGGGUGGUCUCAGGGAGAUUCCAGGCCAGCCCAACCUAUCCUGGACCCCCUGUGGAACCAGCUGAUCACCGAACCCCCCUCCUCCCCCAGUGCCUGAAAGCUCACCCUCGGGUACCUCCUCAGCUGUUGUGAGGACCUGGUAUCCUUGGCCCCUCCCAGGCCAUCAGUCUGCCCUUGAAUCCCCAGGGCCUGAGCCCACCCCACCUUUGUGGCCAGGACCUCACCCUAGGUUGCCAGAUCUAGUCUCUUUCUAACUCUCUUUAAUAAAGACACAGGACUGAUUUUUUUCCCC